CCCCCCCCCCCCCCCCCCCCCGGACCAUGAUGUUUCGGGACCAGGUUGGAGUCCUUGCCAGCUGGUUUAAGGGCUGGAACGAAUGUGAGCAGACGGUGGCGCUGCUGUCGCUGCUGAAGCGGGUCAGUCGGACCCAGGCGCGGUUCCUGCAGCUCUGUCUGGAACAUUCACUGGCCGAGUGCACAGAGCUGCACGUUCUCGAGGUAGAAGCCAACAACCCAGCUCUGAUUGGUCAGUGGCAGACCGAGCCGAAGGAGCGUCUGAUCUCCCUGGUCCUGACCCACCUGCCCCUCCUCAAACCGGGCAACAGCGAGGCCAAGAGCGAGUACAUGCGCCUGCUGCCCAAAAUCCUCACCCACACCAUCGAGUACGGCCGGCACCUGGAGGAGAGCAGGCAGCUCCUGUCCUACGCCCUCAUCCACCCGGCCACGUCGCUGGAGGACCGUGCCAAGCUCGCCCUCUGGCUCAACCACCUGGAGGAGCGGGCGGCGACCCGCACCCCCGCCGGAGGAGAUUCGUUAGAGCGAGCGCCCUCCUCUCAUCACCUCUACAGCCAGCACCAGCGCUACGGCUCUGACGACCGGCUCAACGGCUGGCAGGGCUCCAGGGACUCGGGCAUCGCCACCUGGCACUCGCAGCAGCAGCAGGGAUGUGAGAACGGGCACCUGAUGCUCUACCCGUCAUCCUCCGUCCCGGCCACCAUCAACACCGUGGGCACAGGAAGUGGAGGGAAUUCCAUGUUGCAGUCUGCGGGUCAGCACAGUCCCCUGAAGCGCUCGGUCUCUCUCACCCCGCCCAUGAGCGGCUCCUCUCACCCGCUGGGUCACGGCUGGCUCUCUCAGGAAGACCUGCGGGGGCGGGGGGCGCCGCACACCCCCGACCACGCCCCCCUCUCGCCCCAGAGCAGCGUGGCGUCGUCGGGAAGCGGGGGCAGCGAGCACCUGGACGACGGAUCGGGCCUGGGCGUGGCGCAUCGCAGCUCGUUCGUGGAGGAGGGCAGCGGCAUGAGGGAUGUGCCGGCGUGGUUGAAGAGUCUCCGCCUGCACAAGUACGCCGGCCUCUUCUCCACCAUGACCUACGACGAGAUGAUGUCUCUGUCGGAGCAGCAGCUGGAGACGCAGAACGUGACGAAGGGGGCGCGGCACAAGAUCAUCAUCAGCAUCCAGAAGCUGAGGGAGAGGCAGAACAUGCUACGCUCGCUGGAGAAGGACGUGCUGGAGGGAGGGAACCUCCGCGCCCCGCUGCAGGAGCUCCAUCAGAUCAUCGUGACUCCCAUGAAGCCCUUCAGCAGCCUGACCGAGUCUCAGCAGCAGCGGCAGCAGCAGCGCCCCCUGCUGGGCAGCGAGGCGAAGAGCGCGCCGGGCGGAGUGUGCGUGAGCGCCGGGGAGGCCGAGAGCAGCACCACGCUGGUGGCGGAGGGGGACAUUCCCGCUCAGUUCACCCGCGUCAUGGGCAAAGUGUGCACACAGCUGCUGGUGUCCCGGCCGGACGAGGAGAACAUCAGCUCGUACCUGCAGCUCAUCGAUAAGUGUCUCCUACACGAGGCCUUCACCGAGACGCAGAAGAAGAGGCUGUUGUCAUGGAAGCAGCAGGUGCAGAAGCUCUUCCGCUCGUUCCCACGGAAACACCUCUUGGACAUGACCGGGUACCGACAGAUGAGGAGUAGCCGCGGCUUCGGUCAGUCCAACUCCCUGCCCAGCGCCGUGUGCGUGGGCGGCGUGUGCUCCCGGAGGAACCUGCGCCAGUUCCCCGUGCCCUCGCGGAGCCUCCCGGUCGCCCGCCUCGGCCUGCUGGGUACCGCCGGCCUCCUGGGUCACGCUCACACGCCCCGGAGCACCAGCAGCACCCCCACCAACCUGAAACAGGGCCGACAGGGUCUGUGGUUCGCCAACCCGGGGGGCAGUAACAGCAUGCCCAGUCGUACCCACAGCUCCGUGCAGAGGACGCGCUCCCUUCCCGUCCACACCAACCCACACACCAUGGCCAUGUUCCAGCUGGCAGACUUGCAGGUUCCAGCGACUGAGCCGGACAUCAAUAACCGACUGGAGUCUCUGUGCCUCAGCAUGACCGAACACGCCCUAGAAGACGGUGUCGAUCGGACGUCCACGAUUUAGGAGAGAGGACGCUCACCUACGCAACCCAUCGACCAACCAGGGUAAAGAAGACGCCCGGCAGGCUGGCGGGCGUGGUCCGUCCGCUCCCGAGCCUGACCUUUUCUAGGAGGCUGCCGUACCCGAGCAGCCUUAGUCAUAGCCCAUGCCUGAUGGAUAUCGUAGCCAUGGCUUAUUUUUGGGAGGUUAUAAAAAACAAAGGAUAAGAAAUAGAUCCCCAAAGAGGAGUGUGAGUCUGUACCGGCUGAGAUGAAAGCGUCCGGAAGGUUUACGUGGAUACGGGAAUACAGGAAGAUUCCGGAAAUGAGAUCCGCCCGUUUGUGGAGACGGAGCUACUUCUUCAUUCUAUGCUGGAACAACAACAAAAUAAACAUUCAACAACCCGCUGACACACUAUGACGCAAAAUCACAUCUCCCCACAUAACAGUUUACAUUCUUUUUAAAUAUAUUUAUAUAUUUUUUUGGUUUCUGGGAUUCGUGCAAGCAGUUUGGAAUGUCGGAGGAACCAAGGAGGUGAGGGGAGAGCGUGUGGCGCAGGAAAAAGGAAGUUGACGCAGGUGAGGAGAAUGUGAGGUAGAAAGGAAGGGAAGCGGAAUGUCGUAGAUGGAUUUGGGCGUGGCAGCAGGUGGAAGAGAGUGGACGAUCGGGGUUUAGGUGGCUGAAAGUUUGAGGUUGAAUUCUUAUUGCAUGACGGUAGAUAGGUUGCAGAUUGGCUGGUGUGUGUUUGGGCCUGGUCUAGGGUAGGUACAAUACUUAAGGCUCUGUAGUAAUGCCCAGAAUGUUGUAAGUUCCAAUCCCACCACUAUGAGGGUAGCAUUAAGUGAUUAUCUGUGUAAAUAAAGACAAACUGACCAUUAGAGAGGUCACUAACACACUGUGAUGCACCACUAUCAUGCUGGAACGAUUUUUUAGCGUGUUGCUCCACCUAGUGGCCAAAAAACACCUAACACAGCCUCCGUGUUUACAAACAAACAUGCUAACCUGCGUUAUCGUUUUUUAAAAAUAUAUAUAAAUAUAUAAAUGCAUGUUUUUGGGGUGAAAUGCGUCCUGUGUGAUCUGACAGAGAAGCUGGAAUAAUUAAACGUUUUCUAAAAGUAGACGUUUCACCUUACACCUUAAAACAUUCGCAGAUUAGCAGCUAAACGGUUAGCAUGAACUCGGUCCACAAAGCAAAACAAAUUAGCCGAAUUAGUUGCACUUCUUGCAGGUCACGGUGUAAACACGAUGCUUUUAAAGCUCAUUUUAAACACAAAGUGGUUUUAUAAACAAUCACUGUAUGUGUAAAAGUAGCCCUUAUAUUUUUAUUAUCCUUGGGCUUGGGAUCGGCACUGAGAGCGCACUCCUGAUGGCUAGGUGAUGUUUAGCUAGCGUAACACACCACAAAAUGCAAAUAAAAAUGCCUCUUUUAAAAAAAAAUAAAAGUCCUAAGAGAUACAGCUAAACGUUUAGCUGGCUUGUCAAACCACAAUCAGCAAUAUCAGUGAAUACGCCAGUAGGCUGGUGGCUAGCUAAUUAGCCAGCUGUGUAUAAUAUAUUAUAAUAUUAUAAUAAAAUACGGCGGUCUACAUGAAUAAACCUUCUCAGCUAAAGUCUUGAUAGCGAGCACAGUGCUACAAAUAUCAACUUUAGCUCUAUUUUAGCUGUACGCUGAGAUCUACACUAUAUAUGCGCUAUACGGGACUUUCUAAGCCACCCAGACUACAAAUAAGACUUCAAAAUGUCAAUGAAGUUUACAGAAUGAGUUUACAGUUACAGAACCGUAUCCGUGUUCUCUUAUUUGGGAUUUUCUUUCAAUGACUGACUUGAUUACAGAAUAAAAACACUAGCUAUACAUGAAUUGGGACAGAGCCGAAGGUCAGUCCGCAUCCGGGAAGCUUAGCUUUAGCUGUUUUUAGCUGUUGUUUGUUUGGUCUCAUCCUGAGAUCAGCGGCUAGCCUGUUAGCUUUUACAUUUGUAGCUGUACGGCGUGGAAUAAGCUUUUCAGCUCAACUCGGCUGAUUUUCUGCAUGGAUGGGAGAAUUACGUAUAGAAAUCAAAAUCUAAAGAGUUGUUUAUCUAAUUCAGGGUGCUUACACACGCUCGUCAGCGAGCGAGGGUUUGUAGAGAUUAGCUGGAUUUUUUUUAUACGUAUAUAUAUCGUAGUAUCGUGUUCGUCCCGCACUCGGUGCUGUGAAAUGCUGAGACAUCAAAAGUAAACGGACGUUUUCGUGCAAUAGGUCCAGCGUGGUGGGGAGAAAUGUGCCUGCAGGGCCUGAGCGACACUACAAACACGUCUCAAGAUAGAUCCCACCAGCAGAUACACUAUGUGGCCGAAAGUAUUUGGACACCUGACCGGGAGGUGAUCUUGUCAGCUAGAACAACAGACACUCUAUUGAGGAGGCUUCUCACAAGACUUUGAAGUGUGUCUGUGUAUGGGAAUUUGUGCCCGUUCAGUCAAAAGAUCACCGAUAUUGGUCAUGUUGAUGUUCCAGUUUAUUCCAAAGCUGUUUUAUUGUGUGGCUGAAACACAUAAAUUCAAAAAUUACAUGUGAUGUCCCAAUACUUUUGUCCAUAUAGUGUAUUAUUACAGGGAAAGGAAGUGUGUGUGUGUGUCUUGCUGGCGUUUCACAGUGCUUAAACCGUGAUUGGCUGAAUGCUGUGGCUGCUCCUGUAUUUAGGGGCCCCUACAGUAAAUACUUGGGCGUCUGGCGUCCGUUUCUUACAACAUAAAAACCGUGAUUUGUAUUUUCAUCAAGCUCACAGACGGACAGAAACGCUUCAGGAUCAGAUCAACGCUUGGGUGGGGCAGCAGUGAAAAACGGCAGCACACCAGAGCUGUCAGCUCUGCUACCGGCCAGCCAGGCGCCUAUUCUGACUUUGAUUAGCUCGUCCGAGGGUGAAUAUUCUCAAAACUGCUGCAGUCAUGACCUCUAGUGGUUGAUUGAUGGCACUGCAGAGACGGGGGAUAACAGAGAUCGGUGCGUGACUCUCCAUGCACGAUACUGAUCUCUGUAUGAACCUCGCACAUGUGUGUGAGAGUCACGGCUCUCUUUGGGAAUUGGAUACGCCUGGAUUGGGAGGAAAACUGGGGCAAUUACAGACUUUGAGAGGGUAAAUCAGACACACACAGACUCACAGCUAUACACACAAUAUAAUACAGUACUGACACGUUUGUGAAGCGUCUGUGUGGCGUGUUCAUUAGGUUUUGAUUUUGGAGAUGGUUGAUCUGGAUUAGUCCACGUAUUUUUUCUAUUUUUGUUGAUUUUAGUCUUUAAGGAAACGAGACGUGUCCUUUAUUUAAACAAAAAAAAAAACAAGCAUGUUUUAUAAUGUGUGUGUGGGUCUCAUACGAGUGUACGUACAGCCACUCGACACUGCCAUUGAAAUGAAUCCUAUUAUCAGAUUCAGAUCAUUAUUUAUUCUUUUGUUGUUUUUCUAUUGUUGUCGGAGCGCUCGUGGUAUUCUUUAGAUGUAUUAUUUAAGAUACCGUAUGUAUUAACUCGCUAUGGCUGGUAACCAUAACUACAUCUCAUAUCAAAUUAUUUUUGUUGUUUCUGAUCUUUUCAUCUUGAAUUGUAUUUUAUAGUUAUUAUUGUUUUUCUUGGCUGAUUUUAUUUUAUUAUUAUUAUUUGUAUUUUUGUUUUGUUGGAUUGUGUAAGUUCCUGCUUUGGGAACUAGGCGCUCAGAUUGCAGGUCGUACGGUGCGGCGUUGGAGUUUAACCUUUAACAUUCAGCUCAGUCGAGAUCAUACGUGUACGUCACCGUUAUUCAGCGGAUUCACUUGCCUUCACACACACACACACACAUGUUGUCACAGAAGCCGGUGCGUGUGUGUGUGUGUGUGUGUGUGUGUGUGUGUGUAGAAGCUGAUCUGACGUGUUUAACCUGAAACGUUACCUACCAGCUCUGAUCAAAAAGUUCCAGCUUGCAUUAUUACAGACACAAAGAUGAAUGCAGACGGUCGUAUGCAGACUUUCGGACGCCCCUUGGGGUUGAAAUUAAAUCUGACGUUAAAAUAAAUGCAUGAAUUUAUUUUUGUGCAUUUUAUUAAUUCAUUCAUUGAUGUUGAGCACAUUUAGCACUUACUACAAGACCAGCAGACGUGAAUCGUGAUCCUUAUGUUGGUUCACUUGUUGGUCUGUUUGUUUGAUACAAUAUCAGCAAACAAUAGCAAACUACUUAAUUUCAUUUGUCCGGAUUAUCAUUUUACUAUCAUUUUUUUUACGAUAACACCACCAGCAGGGGAAAGCAGUGUAACAGUAAUGUUUUGUGACCUGUUUGACACAACCCUCCUCCUUUAUCCGGGCUUGGGACCUGCACUAAGAGCGCACUGACAAGCUACAGUGUUCAGCCACCCUUCCCACUCGGAUAUGAGCUGGCCGAUAGCACAGUUGAGAUUCGAACCCUGUGUCUCAAUAGUAGUGCGCUGGAGUACUUUUACAGCUAUGCCACCCGAGCGCCUAACGUUCGGCUGCUCCUGUUAUGGAUGCCAUGCAACUUUGUGCCUGCAGGGCCUGAGCGACAAUACAAACAACAGAUGUAAAAUGUACACGGUCACGUCUCAGGAUAGAGCACAUCCAAAUAUACGUUAUGUGGCCGAAAGUAUUCGGACACCCGAUUUAAACAUUAAUGUUAUAUAUAAUAACCACAUGAGCAGUGGUAGCUCAGUGGUUAAGGUACUUGACUAGUUAUCCAAAGGUUUCCAGUUCAAGCCCCAUCACUGCCAAGUCGCCACUGUUGGGCCCCUGAGCGAGGAUCUCAACCCUCAGUUGCUCAAAUUGUAUUUAAUGAUAAUUGUAAGUCGCUUUGGAUAAAAGCGUCUGCUAAAUGACCUCUUUGUGAUCUAUUGAGAAGGCUUCUUACAAGACUUUAAAGUGUGUCUGUGUAUGGGAAUUUGUGCCCGUUCUGGGAUUCGAAGCCCCGGUAGAGCGGCUCUUAGGUUCUUUCCUUAUAGUUUCCACAUUUAUUAUGCGUCCUUCUUAAAUUCUCUGAGGCGACAGCAAAAGGAAUGAACGUAUUAAUGCUAAUCAACCGGAUUUCUGUUAGUUAGUGUUUUAUAAAGCAAACAGUGAGCAGUACAGCAAAGCCAAAGCUUGCAAUAAUCCUUCAUAUUUUUUGGGACAGGGUAUAGUGGGCUACUUUUACAGCCGUGCCACCCGAGCUCCUAACGUUCGGCUGCUCCUGUUAUGGAUGCCAUGCAACUUCGGGUGUUUAUGAGCCCAGUCUGGGAUUCGAAGCCCCUUGAGAGCGAGAGGUUAAUAAUCCUUCAUAUUUUUGGGGACAGGGUACCUGGUGUGCUUCUGACGGACCUCUGUGUAGCUCAUUCCUUCUGCAGAAGAGCUUUUUGAUCAGAACUGAAUGUGUAAUAUGUUUAUAUGUAAACACAACCGGGGUGCAGAUGAUCUUUGACCCGAGUUUAACCGAAACCAAAGUCUGUGUUUACUUCCAUCCUAUAUAGAUAUAUUUACAGUAUAUACAGUAAAUAAGACUUCUGUACAGUAUGGUUAUCAUUCGGCUAAAACUACACGUCACCUACAGAUCUACGUACUGGUGUGUGUGUGUGUGGGUGUGUGUGUGUGUGUGUGUGCAGGAUAUAAAACACAAGCAUGAUUUAUUUUUCUUAUUUUUAUUUCUAUUUUUGAAUGCUGGUUUGUUCCUUCUCAGCUGCACACGGUGAAAAGGAGCGACGCCCUUUCAUAUUCCAAAGUGUUUGAUCUGAAUUCUGGUUGUUUAGUUUUAUACUGGCGCUGUGCAUUAUUACCGCUUUACUGUGUCCUGUAAUUACACCCUGUUACCCCGAGAGCCGAUGUCCUGUAUUGACUGCAGGCUUACAUUUAUAAUAUUUACAGCUAUAUUUUGAAAAUAUUGUAUGUUUCAAAAAAAAAAAAGAAUGCAAAAAUGAGUAAAAAAAGUUAUUUAUAUAUAUUUUAAAUGCAUGUCAGGCUGAAAAGUCGUAUUUAGAGUAACAAACGGCAGUGCCUUUUUAUAGCUGAUAAGUAAAGGAUUUUAUAUGGAUUUAAAAAGCAAAGCUGGAAAAUUAACAGUCAGGAAGUUUAAUCCAGACGAACGUGGGAUUUUUUGCAGAUUUACAAGCCGCCUCAGCGUUCGUGGCCUCGUCUGCCAUGAACACUUCAGUACUCUGUAGGUACUUUUAAUGCUGAUAUGAAGUUAUGACCUGUUAUGAUACUGUCUGUUCAACAAUCAGAUGUAUAUAUCUAUACAUUUCUAUAUAUUUGUACGUGUCCUUGUGUGUGAUGUUUGCAGGAGAAUGAAACGCGCCGUCGUUUGUACACAGACGUUUAUAUAAAACGUACGUUUAACGAUUUUGGGGACUUGAUUUUGCAGUCGAGCGCUUCUAAACGCUUCAGUUUGCACCGCAGAUGAACCUUUAUUAAGACAAAACGAAGCAUCUUAUUCUCCGGAUUUGUAAACGAGGGGAAACACAGAUCCACGUCGGGUUUAGUCUGUAUUGAAUCCAGCAUCAGCUGCUGGCUAAUGAUUUCAGCGGAGCCUCUGAUUGGUCGAAUUCGUAUGAAUGUGCGAGUGUUCAUGUUGAGUGUGGACGCUCAGUUUGUUAUUCUGUAAGAUUGUGUCAAUAGAAUAUUUUUCUUAUUUGUUUUAUGGCGUCUGUGUUCAAUGCUUGACAUCUUUGUAAUAACCACAGACGAAAAGUAUUAAAGAGUCCUUAAAAACA